AUGAACAAUAUGUUGGAGCCCGCUGGAGCUGUCACAUCUUUCGUAAUUGACAGUCCACCUCGUUCUCAUGACAGACCAAAAACAAGCACUAAAGAAAAGAAGGCCCAGCGAAAGAAAGCGGCCGCAUCAGCACAUGAAGACUCGGACCUGUACGCAGAAAACUUAAGUCUCACUUCAGUUCAGUUGGUUCUAACGGGCGACGUGACUUAUGAAUCCUCGUACGACAUUCUCUAA